AGUUUUGGCUAAAAUUUAGUGUGUAUCUUGAAAUUUGACUUAAGUUUAAAGAAUGACUUGCGGGUUGUGAGUUGCACGCAGCGCAGGAGUGCAAUAUGUUGGCCUAUCUUUUGUCCCUGGGCUGGCUCUUGGCCCAGCUCAUCCUUCCACCCGCAAUGGGCUUGUCGGAGCAGUACGAGUCGGUCAACUGCUCCAAUCCCUUCACCGAACUGACCUCCUGCGGCCGCAUCAGUCCGAACGGAUGCUGUGCCAAGGGAUGUGUGAGGAAUCUCCGCGGAAGAUGUGUCCCCGAGAAGUGCACUACGUCGUGGAAUGUCUGGCUCCGGAAACCGGUAACUAUGAGUUGCUAUUUCCACUGGUUCCUAGUGAUCUUCGCCGGAGUCAUCACCGCCGUGAUGAUGGGCCUCGUGGUAUGCAAUGUGGGUUUUGAAAUAAGGCGCCACCUUCGCCAGCGAAGAAUCCAGCGGUUCAGGCGCUUCAGGGACUUGAGUGGAGUCUCCAUCGGAUCCACUCAGUGCUAGGACACGUGUGCGCAGCCAGGAACUUAAGUAUAUGGGGCUGGGACUGGGACAGGGACAGGAAGUGCCCGAGGGAUUUACCAUAAUCUGCAAUACAUUAGCGGCAGCUUUGCUCUGGAUUCCAAUUCAAUUCUUUGGGUAUCUUAGGCCAAAGCCAUGUAAAUUACGAUUCGCCACCUCGGAAAUCCUAUUAGUAGUUAAAACCUGAUUAGGAAAUACUUGCGGCUGGCUUGGGUUCACAUUCGACAUCGGCAUUGGCAUUGGAAACUCGGGGUGACAGCUCCAGUCGAAGGUGGAGUUUGGCAUUCAGAUGGCGAUGGAGUCGAGUCAAAGGUGCAAUAACCCAACCGAACGGGCCACAUAAAACUAAAUGGCUGCUGGUUGCGUUGCGCUGGCACUCCCCAAACCGCCACAGAAACCCCAUCUACGAACCCUUCGAAUUCAGUAGCUAUUGCGGUGAAGAUAACACCCAUAAGGGUAUACUCGAGGUUAGACAGUGAGCAGCUUAGCUGAAAUUAUAUAAGAAAAUAUAUUUGUACCAAAGUUUACUUCAGUUAUAAAUUCAAUAGUUUAAUAA